UGAAGGUACUACACGAAGCAUUAUAUGUUAUAUAAUAUAUUUAACAACUUAGGAUGGCAAACAGUACAACAGACGACAAGUAACAACGACACCAAUCGCAACACCUCAUAUAGGAACAAACCAGGUCGGGUGGGGAUAGUUCAAAGUAAAGUAUUGUUCUUAGUAUUGCAUAUCUCAACUUAUUUGAAUUCGAGGUUCGCAUGUGUCGGUUUGUUGCUGCUCAGAUUGCAUGCACUGGGUACCCUGUGGUAAACAUGUUCUUUUAGAGCGGACUCUUAUCGUUUCAUGUCAGAUACUUGAUUUUGCAUGGUGUUUUCUAACUUUGUUCAUUAUGUGUUUGAUAAGUUUUCAGGCUCAGUAUGGUCAGCUGUUUGGCGCUUUUGCCGUGUCCGAGCUCUUGAGAGCGCCAAGCCUUGCGGCAUACUGUGAGUGUCUUCGGCUUCAGGGUGUCACUGGUGCACUAACUUCGACGACGUCGAUCUCGGCAUCUCACACAGGGGCUGAACGAGCUUUAGAAGUCUUGGAGGAGACAUCUGGACGACGUUUAUUGUGCCAAUCUGCACGACAACGGGGAGCAGGCGCUCGGGAAGCUCUUGUGAGGCUGCUGGAUUCUGUGAGCCCACAGGAAUCUGCGCGAUGGUGUGGAGCAACAAGGGAUUCGGGCUUCAAUGCACUCCAUGCCGCUGCGCAGUCCGGUGCAGUGGAAUGCCUUCAGCUAUUGCUGGAGCGCAAGGCGAAGACCACUUCCACGGAAGCUGGUGCUGCUAUGACGCCCAUGCAUUAUGCGGCAAUGGCUCAAGAGCCUGAAGCGCUGGAUUCACUGCUUGCGGCCAAAGCGCCUCUGACAGUGCGGGACGCGCGGGGACAGUCGCUUUUGCACGCUGCUGCCCGCAGUGGCUCAAGUGAAUGCUUGCAGCGGCUGCUGCAAAGGUCCAAGGAGAAGGAUGGUAGCAGGGAGAGGCCACCCAGAAACACAGAAGCGCGGAAGUUGCUAGAAUGGAGUGAUAGAUGGGCCCGCACUGCAGUUCAUUGGGCAGCCCUCAACGGACAUGUCGAGGCGCUCAAGCUUUUGCUGGAAUUCAAGGCAAAUGCAGCACCCAAGCCCAUUACCGAGCACCAGAUGGCCAAGAGGACUCACCUCACACAGGAGCAGCCCCUGGAAUUGGCACAGCGCGUGCAUGGCCCUGACAGUGAGGUGGUCCAUCUUCUCCAAAAAGCCUUGCGACAAGAGGGACAAUGGGAGGAGAAAGAGGAUGAGGAUGCUCAGCUGCCCCAGUACGUGAUGACUUUGAGCCAAGGAGGUUUGGACCGCUUGGCACUCUGGGAGCUUCGACGAUUGAAGGCGAAGAGCAUAAAGCGGGUGCAAUGCCGCAUUUUCUUCCGUGCAGCAUGUCCACCUGCCGCUUUGGCAUCCUUGAAAUCUGCCGAAAAGGUAUGCGCGGUGGUCUUGCAUGCCGAUGGCCGCGACUUGGCAACUGUGUUGCAAGGAAAAGGUACCGAUGACGAAAAACUGGAGGUCUUGGCAGCGUGGUUAGUAAAUGCCGCCGGUUGGCCCAAAGCUGUGGCCACAUGGUGGAAAUUCAACGGGAUAUCACAGGAAGACCAUGAAGGUGGAGUGUUGACGUUCAAGAUCACUUGCAGACGCUCUGGCAAGAAGUUUGCACAGAUCUCUUCGCAAGGAUUAGCGGUGGUAGCCGCAUCGGCAAUUACUGCCCAACAAGGCUGGCGAGCGCAGGUGCGACGACCUGACAUGGAGAUUCGAAUUCUUGUGAGCGACUCCGACCUUCUGCUGGACCUGCCUCUCCUUGUACAGAACUUCAUGCGGAUUGGCGGGGAGCUGUCCUCCUCUGGCAUGGCAGCACCUGUCGCUUGGGCCAUGGCACGCUGCGCUGAGCUCAAGCCAGGUGAAACAGUCCUGGACCCCAUGUGUGGUAAGGCAGUGAUUCUGGUGGAGGCGGCAUUGAGUUGGCCCCUUUGUCACUACCUUGGUGUCGACAUUGAUGCAGAUCAAUUGACAGGUGCCAAUAGCAAUGCAUUUUUGGCCCAUGCCAGUGGCGCGCGGCUGGACCUGCUUCAAGGUGAUGCAUGCAAAUUGCCGUUGCCUGAUGCCUCAGUUGAUGUGGUGAUUUGCGAUAUCCCCUAUGGGCGGCAAUAUGGCACCAUUGAGGAAUGCCGAGAUACCUUGUACAAGGCUAUAUUGAAGGAGCUCGAUCGAGUCAUUCAACGUGGCCCAGCUGGUCGGGCUAUUCUUAUUUCCUCCUUGGAGCAGGAUGGUAAGCAAAAGAUUGUCGACUGCAGAUCACAGGAGCCUUGGGUCUUCAAAGAGGCACAGCUGGAGUCAACAGAGGCAGUAUGGCGCUGCACGGCACGUCGAGAGUUGAAGCUGGGCUUCCUAGAUGCAUCGAUGUUCGUGCUGCGUCGAAGAGUACCAGGCCAACAAGCUGGCGAGCUGCCAGAAUUGUCCAAAAGGUGUCGGUGGUGAGUUUAUGGGCAGCGAGUGGGAAAAGGUGGGAAACUUCGGCUGGUCGAGGAGAUUGGGCUUCUUUGAAGGUGUCCGAACGUCCACCAAUGCAAUCAAUAAGAAAUCGAGAAAUUUAAAUAAUUUCAAGUUGGAA